AUGUCUACACAACCUGAUCCUUAUAAAAUCCUUGGUGUCGCCAAGGAUGCUCAGUUACCCGAAAUUCGAUCCGCGCACCGAAAGCUCGUCCUCAAGUGCCAUCCCGACAAAGUUCAGGACCCAACAUUAAAGGCUCAGAAGCAGGACGAGUUUCAGCGUGUCCAAACCGCAUAUGAACUACUGGCCGAUGAGAAGGAGCGGAAACGCUACGACGAUCAGACCAGACUCGCCGAAUUGCGAGAGCAGAUGCGAGCCAAGGCAGCUGCAAGUGCAUCAAGUCGUCAGACAGCCGCAGCCGCAAGCCCCUCAUCAAGUAGACCUACACCUACAUCCGCAUAUAAAUAUGAAAUCCACACACCUGAGCGAAGUUAUAAGUCUCCCCGACAGCCUUCACCUGGCCCCAGGGGAUACGCUUCAUAUUCACGUUCUUACGAGGAUGAUCAUCGCCCUGCUGAUCUAUUUGAGGGAGUCCGAACUGUGAGGAGAGAGAAGUCCUACCAGGACAAGACUUCUUCAAGACGUGAAGAGAGGGAGAGAGAGGAGAGAGAACGAGAAAGGGAGUACGCACGGGAGCUGCGUGAGCGAGAGAAGGAAAAGGAACUCGAGCGGCAACGAAGAAAAAAGGCCGACGACGCCAUUCGACGUGCCGAGAAGGAAGCCAAGGAGGCCGCUAAAGAAGCCCGACGCGCCGAGAAGAAGACCCGCGAUAAGUCACGCAAGCGGGAAACGGAGAGCAAGAAGUCAAAACCUUAUAUCGAGACCUUUGAUGGCGAGUCCGCCUCAAAGUCCGACAAGAAGAAGUCGAGCAAGAAGCACGACGAGAGACGCGAGCGAGAUCGAUCAACGCACCGUGAGGAGGUUGUUCCUCCCGCUACCAGCUCAAUGCCCCCGCCUCCCAUUCCUCCUCAGUAUCAGUCUGUCGAAUAUCAGAGCAAGGCCGAUGCUGCGAUGAACUACAUCCAGGCCUCCCGAAGCAAGGUCCCAGCAGCUUUCGCUCGCCACGUCCAACCUCCUGCGCCCACUCCACCUCCUGUGGGCUCGCCAUUCGCCGCCCCUGCCGAAGACGACGACGCUCGCCGAUCAUCUGCCAAGCCUCGACGUAACUCAGCUGGCGACAAGACUUACAACAAGCCUGAGGUUGUCGAUGACCCCCUUGAGGCUACUCCUCCCACCGCUCGCCCUCACAUGCACAAGUCAGCUACAGCAACUGGUGUGCCUGGGAGCUCUCCUCCCCGACGCGAUCUUCCCAGGACAUCUACCAUGCCUGUUGAGGGUGGCCACAGCAGUCGCUACGCGCCAGGCAUCGCCAGAGCCCAAACUUUCAGCGGCGCCUACCCCGAGCUGGACCCCCGUGGCCGAGGCCGCACCAGGCACCAGGCUCAGAUCCCUGAGAGUGAUUCAGAGGAUGAGUACGAGCGCCAACGACGGGAGCGCAAGGCCCACCGCAGCAGCAAGAAGCACGGCCCCGAAGCGCGUGGCGAACAUGUGAUGCAAUACCGAGUUGAUGGUGGCCGCACAACGCUCCAGAACUCCUAUUCGCGCUCCGCUGAGCCCGCCGAUGCUUACGGAUACUACGCUGAGCACACUGGUGCCCGCGCCGGUGAGCGUCCUGCGAUGCCUGCUCGCGACACUACCUACUCUAGUGGCUACGGAGGCGUCCAAUACUCCAAGGUCAAGACUGCAAAUUAUGACAACGUGCAGUUCAGCCCGUACACUUCGUACCGCGAAGCAUAUGCUGCCUAG